AUGUUCAGAUUGCUCUUUUCCUGUUGUCGGACCAUUUUUCUAACCAUCUUUUUGAUCAUUGCAGCAUUGAUUGGUUAUAUUGCUUUUUAUCCAUUCCCAACUCUUGAUCAAUUGAGUAAAGAUUGGCCUAUUCAAACUCUUGAAGAAUACCAUCAAAAGAUGGGUCCAAUCAUGAAAGCCAAUGGUGUUACCAUGAAUUUCCCACCUAAAUUGGCUAGCUUUGUCAAGAUUUCACUUUCGAAUGGAAUUGUUUUUAAUGCUUUGGAAGGAGGAAGAAAGGAAGGAGAUGCCAAUCAGAAAUUGUUGAUUUUUAUGCAUGGCUAUCCAGAGAGUGCCUUGCUUUGUUAUGGAAGGUAUUUGGACCAUUUCAUUCAACAAGGAUAUUGGGUAAUUGCACCUGAUAUGAGAGGAUACAAUACAAGUUCAAAGCCAGUUCCUGAAGGAGUCGAUUUGAAACAAAUCAAUAAUGGUCUACCAUCUGAAUUGACCUUUGAAUCUUUAAAGAAAUAUCUCCAAGAUCUUAAUGGAAUUGCCAAUGAAUAUAUUGAUGUUAAAUUGGCAAAGGAUUAUCAACUCCUUGUUACUGAAUAUGCAAAGAGAACAAAGGCAAUUUUCAUUUCGCACGAUUGGGGAGCAGCCACAUUAACUUAUACAAUGAGAGAAUAUCCUGAAAUUAUUGAAAAGGCAGUUCUUGGAGUAGCCAUCAGAGCUAAUCAAGGAAAGUACAUUAAGGAAAACUUUGGACCAUUCCUAACUCAAGUGUACAAGAGUUGGUAUGUCUUUUUCCUUCAAGCUCUUGGAUUGAGUGACUACCUUUUUAGGAAGAAUGAUUUUGCAUUCUUAUUGAACUUUGGAGUUUUUGACGAAGAAGGUCGUAAAGGAAGAUUAAGUGCUGAAGAGGCAAAAUUCUGGUUGCAAAAUAUCAGAUCCAGCUUUACCACAGCAACCUCAUUCUACAGAGGAGCUUUCCGUUCUCAAUCUAAACGUAGUUUCGAUAAGGAAAAGGUGAAUGUCCCUGUAUUGUUCUUACAUGCUGAGAAUGAUAGAUAUUUGACUGAGGAAACUUCACAAUUUGCAUUGAGAGAAGCAUUGACUGAGGAAGCUCAAAAGAAAUCAAAGGUUUUCAUUGUGAAAGAAAGCUCACAUUGGGUCCAAUUUUAUGGAGAAAAGUUCAUUAAGGAGAUUGAUGAGUUUAUUAGAAAAUAA